UUCUAGUGUAGCAUUGACGUCGUGAGAUUAGUAUACUAUUCGAAUUGAUUCAGAUAAUGUUAAACAGCGGUGAUGUGUAUAAUAAUGGUAUAUGCUGUGUACAUGUUGGAUUAUUGAUGUGCGGUGUCCGUGAAAUAACAUUAAAAAACAUUCAGACCAAAGUAUCUAAUAUUUCUUUUUAAACUAAAAGCUACGCUUUGUUUACUGAAAAGGUGAAUCGGCUACUACGUUCACAACACUAAGGGUUAAUGAAAGUAGCCUCCUCAAUAUAUAGAAUUUUACGCACACAAUAUAAAGAUAUACAAUUUUGGUGUAUAAUGUUGUGAUCGAAAUCAAUUCGCAAUCAUUUGUUGUUUGAAAAUGUUUCUAUGACUUUUUUCGGGGACGAAGAUUUAUGAAUGGAACGAGUAUUAUGUACAAUUAAUUCGGCAAUUGACUGGUGCGAAUUUAUUAUAAUUGUAAAGUGCUAAUGGUGCGUGAGUUGAAAUUUUAAUUGAUUUUUUUGUUCGGUCAAUGGUGUAUUGUAGAUUUGUUGCAUCGAUAAGGAAACAGUGAUAUUGGACGAUUUUACUAUAAUAAUAUGUAUAUGGGACCGGUAACCCAUUCUCAACUGUGAAUUAUUCAUUAAUGUUGUUUCUACAAUCGAUCAAAUUUUGAUCAUAAUACAGUGUAUACUGAGUGAAUUACAAUCUCUGGAUUAUCAGUUAAAUAAUUAAUUAAUUGUUGAAAAAGGAACAUAAUAUAUGAGAGGAUAAAAAUACACUAAGCACAUUAGAAAGCAUCCAAAAAUUGAUUGAAUUAACUUCAUAUUCUACGGUUACGCUGGAUACACUUUUUUCAUUCUUGCGGAAUUAAUAAAGAAUGGAACGAUAAGAAUGACUGAAAAAGAUAAAAAUAAAAUAAGUGAAUGAUGUCCACCGAGUGCCAAAAUCUAACUAUCAACGACGAAUAAUCUACAUUGCACAGACGAAUAUUCCGGUUACAUUGUCAUGGAAUGCACAUUAACGUUGUGUACUUAAUGCAAAUAGGUCACGACAAGGAUUCGUUUGACUGGUUACCAAUCUUUCAACAAACGACAACAAUAUGACGAUAUUCAAGUCAACGAAACUGCAUGAUGGACGCAUUAGAUCGGUUCAGUUGCUCAUCAGCAUUAUGUCCAUACAGAUCGUACAUGCAGUUGAUUUAGGAAAUUGCAAAAGCCCAUUGGGCAUGGAGUCUGGUGCUAUUGCUGACUUUCAAAUAACUGCAAGCAGUGCACACGACAUUGGAAAUGUAGGACCACAGCAUGCAAGAUUGAAAAUUGAUAAUAAUGGUGGUGCUUGGUGCCCGAAGCAUAUGGUAUCUCGGGGCCUUAAAGAAUAUCUUCAAAUUGAUUUGCUUCAAAUGCAUGUUUUGACGGCCAUUCGGACGCAAGGGCGAUUCGGCAAGGGUCAGGGACAGGAAUACACCGAAGCGUAUGUGGUAGAAUAUUGGCGUCCGGGUUUUGCGAAAUGGGAACGAUGGAAGAAUAUUCAAGGAAAGGAGAUUUUAACCGGAAAUAUAAAUACGUACAGCGAGGUAGAAAAUGCACUUCAACCAAUUAUUUUCGCUUCAAAGGUGCGAAUAUAUCCAUAUAGCCAAUAUGAUCGAACGGUUUGCCUUCGAGCCGAAGUUGUCGGAUGUGUUUGGAAUGAGAAACUGUUAUCGUACAGCAUCCCAAAAGGUGUUCAACGUGGCCUCGAAGUCGAUUUAUCCGACCAAACUUACGAUGGUCGAGAUGAAGGUGACCAAUUAGUUGGCGGUCUCGGGCAAUUAGUCGAUGGUCAAAGGGGAACGGAUAAUUUUCGAUCGGAUAUACAUGGCUUCGGAAAAGGAUACGAAUGGGUCGGUUGGCGAAACGAUACUAUGGGAAUGGCUGGAAAACCUGUAGAAAUGGUAUUUGAGUUUGAUUCGGUACGAAACUUCAGUGCGAUGAUACUUCAUACAAACAACAUGUUUUCGAAAGAUGUUCAAGUAUUUGUGCAUGCCAAGGUUUUCUUCAGCAUUGGUGGCCAGCACUUCAACGGCGAGCCGGUUCAUUUCUCCUAUAUGCCCGACACAAUUAUGGAACACGCCCGAGACGUAACGAUAAAGCUACAUCAUCGAAUUGGUAAAUACUUGCAAGUUCAUCUGUAUUUCGCCCUGAGGUGGAUAAUGCUAAGCGAAGUUUCGUUUGUGUCAUCGCCGGUUAAUGGCAAUUUCACAGAGGAAGAGAUAAAUGGCAGUACAUUGCCACAGGACACAUUGGAAUAUCCCCUGCAGAGAGAUGAAGUUCAAACGAUUCAAAGUAAAGGGGAACGAAAUUUCGUACCGCAAAUCAUUUCACCGAAACCAAUUGAUCAAGAGCCGGAACAGCAUUUCGUUGGUGUCAUCAUUGCAGUUCUUACAACAAUUAUACUUUUACUGAUUGCUGUUAUUCUGUUCAUUGUUGCACGAAAUAAACGAUCUCGUCGUUCCGAGGCAUUAAAUUCACUUCAAUUCAAUUUUAACCAGGACACGCUCGGAUUAGGGAUUGAUAAACGGAUGAAUAGUAAUAUGAAGGUAACAAUGGAUGAUAAUGAGUCUAUUGAUAAAAGCAGCCUCUACCACGAACCAUUCAACGUGAAUAUGUAUACCAGUGCUGCCAGUGGGUGUUCAUUAAAUGAUUUGCAACGUCAUCAUGUUACGCCAGACUAUACAGACGUACCCGAUAUUGUUUGCCAAGAAUAUGCAGUGCCACACAUGCAAGAUCUAAUACCGAAAAUACCAAGCGGUUAUGUCGGUGGCAUUAGACUGACGCCGCCUCCGUUGAAGAACAUAUUCCCGAAACCGCCGCCCGUUCCACCGCCACCGGAAAAGUACUAUGCAGCGACGGCUAUUUGUAAAUCAUCCACACCGACCACCCCAUCAACGACGCAAGUGAAUUCAUACAGCGAUGUUGAAGGCAUAUCAACGGAUGAUGAUGUACAAGUGCAAGAAUUUCCGAGACACUCGUUGGUUAUCAUUGAGAAGCUUGGGUGCGGAGUAUUUGGAGAAUUACAUUUGUGCGAAACGAAAGGAUUGAGUUCUAGUCUUGUUGCCGUUGCAACGUUGCGGCCGGGUGCAUCCGAACACACCAAAAAGGAAUUUAGAUCGAAAGCGAAACACUUGGCUCGUCUGAAUGAUCCGAAUGUGGCCCAACUGGCUGGUGCAUGCCUACGAGACGAACCAAUUUGUAUUGUACUAGAUUAUAGCAAUUGCCAAGGGGAUUUGAAUCAAUUUUUACAAGAGCACGUUGCCGAAACUGGUCCGGUCGGUAUUCAGAAUAAAUCAUUAAGUUAUGGCUGUUUAAUAUACGUUGCUACUCAAAUAGCUUCGGGUAUGAAAUAUUUAGAACAAAUGAACUUUGUGCACAGAGAUUUAGCAACAAGGAGUUGUAUUAUUGGACGACAGCUGGAAGUCAAAGUGUGUAGUCUUGGAACUGUGAUAAACCGGACCGCAUACCAAUCGGACUACUGCCAUUUGGAGGGAGCGGGUAGACAAUCGCAACCGAUGCCAAUUCGAUGGAUGGCAUGGGAAAGUGUUUUAUUAGGAAAGUUUACAUCGAAAUCAGACGUUUGGUCGUUCGCAAUAACCCUUUGGGAAAUACUAACGUUUGCUAGAGAGCAGCCAUUUGAGAAUAUGACCGAUGAAAAAGUGAUUGAAAAUAUCGGGCAUAUUUAUCAGGACGACAAAAAACAUACUCUUCCUGCAAUGCCUUUGAAUUGUCCGAGAGAAAUCUAUGACUUAAUGUGCGAAUGCUGGCAACGAAACGAUUCCAAUAGGCCCAACUUUAGAGAAAUCCAUUUAUUCUUACAACGAAAAAAUUUGGGAUAUAAGCCAUCCAAUAUUUAUUGACUAUAUAAUUAAAACAAAGGAGAAAAAUGAAGAAAAAAAAACGGAAAAAAUUGACUUUCAAAUUCGGAUGUUAGGUGUACAAAAAAAAGGAAGAAAAAAGAAGAAAAUCAUGGAAGGUAAUAAAAGUAAAUUUUAGUGGUAAAUUGAUUACACAGAACCUUUUUUACAAGUGAUCUUAGUGAUUUUUUAUAAAUAAUAUGAAGUGUUACUAUCUUCAUCGUCGUUUUUUUUUAAAUUUUUUUAAUUAUUUAAUUUUAUUUAAAAUAUUUUAUAAAUUAUCAAAAACAAAAGAAAAUUACCCGAAUUUUUAUACAAAGAAAAACAAAAAACGUAAAACCGUUUCCUCAUUGUCUCGUUUUCCUUUCAUAUUUACAAAAAAUUUCCGAAAAAUUAUUAUUAAUUAGUGAUAAUUGUGGCAUAAAUUGAGAAUUUUUAAUGGAUUUUUUUAAGUAACAAAAAAAUAAAGUAAAUUUUUAACUUUUAUUAGCAACAUGUAGUCAUGACAACAACGCGCUUUUAUAGAUUAAAAUAUUGAAAAAAGAAGAAGAAGAAAGUUAUUAAAAAGUAAAAAAUAUCAUUUUACUGCAGCAGUAGUUUUUCAUGUUAUCAUAUUAUUAUAUUCACAAUAUUUAAAAGAAAAAAAAUCGUAAAAAAUGAACACAAAAAAAACAUUUAACUUUAGCUACUACAAAAAUGAUAUUUAAUUAAAGAAAAAUUUAAAAUUAAAAAAGAAUCCUUUUUAACUCUGGACACCCCCUUAAAUAUGAUGAACUUGUACGGAUGAUUUUUGACAAUAAAUGAAGGAAAUAUUUAUUAAAAUUACGAAAACAAAAAAAGAAGAGAAAAUAUGGGCUUGAUAUUGACCAUGUGUGUGUGGCGGAGAGAAACUAAUAAUAAAAGAAAAACUAUUUUCUAAAUGAUAGCGAAAUAAAAAAUAAAAUUAAAAAAAAGGAAACCCACAAAGACAAACAAAUCAUUUUUCAGAGACAAGAAAUACGUAUACGUAUACCUAGUGUGUCAAAAAUACAAAAAAAAAUUAAGUUUUUAUCGCUGGAAUAUCGUCGUCAAAUUUGUUUCCAAUUUUUCAUUUUUUGUUAACCAAAAUUUCCAUAAAACAUUAUCGGUCAAUUGAACUUAUUCCGAACAUUUAAAUCGUCGAAGAAUAAACUCAGCUUCAAAAGGAAGGUCGUGUGUGCAUACAGCAUUUUAUUACAGGUACUUUAAUCUCUCACAGGCCGAAAGCAUACCUCCAGUAUAAUUAUGGGAUCUAUUAUUCCCCUUUAAAGAGAUUGAUGGCAAAUCUUCUACUUCAAUUUUUUUUUUAACAUACGAACGACUAUAUUAUCAAGUUACUUCCCUUUAUUUUUGUCAUUCAUGUCGAUAACAGAUGAUACCUGACAUAAAAUUUUUUUGAAUGAGAGUGUCCAAAACCACUAGAAACACUGUUACGAAAAAAAAUCAAAUUCCGCAUUGAGUUAGGACACCGCCAAGCGCCAACUCUAACAUUACGAAAAUUCUAACCAAAAUUUUCAACUUCCUUCAUCUAUCAUUUAAGUAGCUGGUUAUGAAAUUGUCCGUCGACGUUCUCUCGUGCAACGCAAAAAGUGAUUCAGUCAGUGAGUCAGUAUGGAUACGGAGGUAUGUACAACAGUAAGAAGAGACUAAGACUCUGUAUUUUGUUGAUAGUUGCGCCACUUUUUGGUUUAUUUAGUCUUUUCAACGGACUUGCGUUUUCUAAAGGUCUCCAGAGUUUCAUAUUAGAAAACCAAAAAAAAAUAUAUUUUUUUUAGAACAAUUGCAUGUAGAACUACAACCCAAUUUGACCAUACACUGUCCUUUCGUUUUCCUGUUUUUUUUUCUCCCUUCAGCUCAAUAGUUCUUUUAAGACACUGCGGUAUUUCAAAUAGCAAACUUAAUGUAUACUUUCCGUCAUUAGAAGCUGAUGUUAAUAAAGCAAUUUUGAGUAAUGCAAUAAGUGUAAAGCAAACGUAGAUGUGUUACAAAUAGUAAAAAUUGUUGAAAAUUGAAUUUUUGUCUCAUUUUGUUCAGAUAAUUAGAUCUGGAACGGCUGCUAUGAAACGAGAAAAAAUUGAAAAUAUUUUUUUUAUAAGAACUUGUUCUUUCAAUGCUGAACCGCUUGCCUAAUUGAACCCCAUACCUAUUCUUGUUUCAAGAAGACCCUUUUUUUAAACGAAAUAUUUUACUGAUUAACCCAUUAGACUAAUUAUUGUCCAUCUAAGGAUUUCUCAUUUAAAUAUUACAAAAUUUCGAU